GUUGAUCCCAGCACGAGUCGGAUUCUCUCUUGUUGUUCCUGAUGUUGUUCCCUGCUGCUCCCUCCCCUUUCCCACCGGCUCCUCCUCUGUCUGGCUUCUCGGUCCAUCGAGCGAUCUUCCCAAACUUCCCGUGCCAAGGCUUCCUGGAGCUAUUUUAUGUAUGUGGCUCAAUGCCGACAGUUGGAACCAAUGGCGGAGGCGUGUAAGAUAUGAAAUAUAAAAUAUGGUACUGACGACCGAGCAGGCAGACAGACCUCUGACCCCGUUAUCCCAACCGGAGCAAGUUUUCAGCAAGGACUUCCGCGGGAAUCGGUCGACGUCUGAAGUGGAGAAUGGAGGUGAGAGGAGACAAAGGAGGCGUGGAGGGUCACCUGCAGACCUGCAGCUCUGUCUGGACACAGAAACAGAGCCCUCAGGGAGCAGGAAGAAACCAGCAAGCAAAAGACUGAAACCUGUGCAGCUUUCACCAAUGCUGAGUCCAAGUGACUGUGAAACAAAGUCUGAGAGGAAUAAACCCAGCCAUUUAUCAAAGACAAACGCUCAUUAUCAUAAGUUAUUCAAGGAGGUCAACAAAGAUGAGUUACUCAAACAAAGUUACACUUGUGCCCUGCAGAAAGACAUUUUAUAUCAGGGGAAAAUGUUCGUCUCUGAAAACUGGAUCUGUUUCCACUCCAAAGUCUUUGGCAGAGAUACCAAGAUUUCAAUCCCUGUGGUGUCUGUGACGUUUAUUAAAAAAACUAAAACUGCAUUAUUAGUGCCAAACGCCCUUGUGAUUGAAACUACAAGUUAUCAGCACGUGUUUGUGUCCUUCCUCUCUCGAAACACCACCUACAAACUUCUGAGGUCCGUCUGCGUGCAUUUGGAGGUGGAUAAGACUUGUAGCAGCUCCAAUUUUUCCUCUGCUGAAAACAGCUUCAGAGUGAAAUGCCCACCGUCGAUUCCUCUGGACUUUUCUGGAGACUUCUCUGACCUCGAUGGGGUUGUGCAACAAAGACGCCAGGAGAUGAUGGAGAGCAGCAGCUCCGGUUCUCAAACUCCAGAUUAUGACAAAAUAACUGACUUCACCAGCCUCCCAGACACAUUUCUAAGUGCUGUGAAGACCGGAGAGGUUUCAGUCCACGCAGAUAUUCACCUCCAGACUCCAAGCCCAAAACACGGAGACGCCCUUAAGAAUGGGUCUACUAAAUCAACCACACUCAAAGACAAAUCCUCACAGCCCAUGUCGUUACACGCCAUCCUCCUUAUCUAUUUGUUUCUAGUGAGCGUGCUCGUCCUGUCCACCUGCUACAUGGCUUUCAAGAUUGUGGCUCUUGAGCAUCGUUUGAACUCCUUGGUGUCACUGGGGGAACACAUUCGUAAUCAAAAUGGUGUGAGCCACAGGUCCCAGGAUGGAGUCAAUGCUGAGAUAUAUGGAGAACUGACUACCAACUUGUUAAAGCUAGAAAAGAUAUCCUUCAUUUUUGAAAUCCUAGAUUCAAAGAAACCUCCAGAAGCUACUUGAAGAGACUUAAGAGAAGACUUUUGGCCGGUCCAGACAGAAGCUUUGUAGAAAUGCUGAUUUAUCACUAAAGAUCAGCAGUGAUCGCAUUUGAUUGUGAACUGUUACUUAAAUUGUGCAAUAAUAGCUUCUUUCCCUUUUCCACUCAGGACUCUUUCUCAACUAAAUGUUGUGCUGGAGGGUGAACUGAAGCAGCGUGUUAGUGUGCCAGUGUUAGUGAAGAGAAACUUUAAGCAUGUAUGUAGUAUUUAUCUGAGAGCUUUUAUUUUGCAUUUCACAAAUUGGAUUUUAAAGGUCCAAAGGUCUUAUUUCAAUGUUUUCAAAACAUUCCUUAAAAGGUCAACUUAUGCUGUUUAUUUGUCUUUUGUUAGAAUUAAAUUCCCAGUGAAUUAUAUAUUUAUAUCAUGUAUAUAAUUCACACAGCUAGAGAUGUCUGUACAAUAUCUUUUAAUUACAUUGAUGGGCAAUUUCUUUCAGCGUGUGGUAUCUAAAGAUAGAAGUUGUCAGGGUUACGUGAGUAGAGGCUUUUAAUAUAUUUUUUAUGGUAAAUGUGGCCUAACAACCAUAUAAAUUACAGGUUUAUUUUAGAGCUUCUCAACUGGUCAUAAUUUAAACAUUUGUUCUGUUACCUUAAACAUUUUCACUAAAACUUAGAUUUUUUUGUUGAGUGUUUGUGUACUAAAAGGACAGUCGAUCAUUUCAGGAGCAGUAGAAAUGUAUCAGCGUGUGUUUUUAACUAUGGUGGUGUGUGUUUACAUUUAGAUCACAGACUGUGCCUUUUAACUAUUGUAUGUAUGGCAGUCCUGAAAUAAAUGUCUCUCAUACUGUG